GCUUUCCUAUUUCCGUACACAAACGCUCUGCUGAUGACGUGUACACUCCACCACCGUUAGCUGGCUAGCUAGCUAGCUUAGCCACCUGUCAGAAUAAAGGGGUUUUAAAUAAAGUAACGCUACAACGCAAGGGGAAACAGUGCUACAACAAAUCACGGAAGAUGGAGACGCUUUACCAUCAGACAAACAAGCAAAUCCAGGAGGUGCAGUCUCUUAUGGGACAUCUGGAGAAGACGGAUCGUCAGUCAGUACACUUGUUAGAGAAUGAAUUGCAGACUAGAAUCGACCAGAUCUUCAAUCAUUUAGAACGCCUCGAGAUCCUGGCCAGCAAGGAACCACCAAACCGCCGCCAGAAUGCCAAAUUGCGAGUGGACCAGCUCAAGUAUGAUGUCCAACACCUUCGAACCGCCCUGCAAAAUUUCCAGUACCGAAGCUACGCCAGAGAGGCCCAGGAGAGAGAGAGGGAGGAACUAAUGAGCCGUACCUUCACGACCAACGACGCAGAUACCUCCAUCCCCAUAGAUGAGACCCUACAGUUAAACUCCAACUUGCACAACGCACACAGAGGCAUGGAUGACCUCCUGGGCAGCGGCAGUAGCAUUCUCAAUGGUCUGAGAGAUCAAAGAUCUACACUAAAGGGGACCCAUAAGAAGAUGUUGGAUGUGGCCAACAUGCUGGGGCUGUCUAACACAGUGAUGCGACUGAUAGAAAGGCGAGCCACCCAGGAUAAGUUCAUCAUGAUUGGAGGCAUGCUGUUGACCUGCAUCUUCAUGUUCCUGGUAAUCAGAUACCUGGGCUGACCGCCAUCCAUCCACAGCGGCCGUUGUGAUCAGUCGUGGACCUUUCUGCAGCACAUUAUCCCUCACGAUGUGAAAAGUGGCAGAAUUGAAUUUUUAACAUCCGAUUUGAAUAUAUUUUUAAUAGUGCCAAUAUAGUUUUUUUCCCCCCCACCAUUUAAAUUAUUUUGAGCACCUGCAAAAUGGUAAGGUUGAAGACCUUAAUUACAUUCAGUAUUUUAUUCCACUUGAAGCUACAAUAGAGCAUUGGACUGUAUCAUAGGUCUGCUGCUUUCCUCAGAUGACUACCACAAAUCCAUAACCUAGUCUUUUUAUCAAAACCACUUCAUCACUCUUGUGACUACCCAAAUGGCUUUUUCAAAAAUACUUAAACUGAUCUUCAUACUCUACUUGCUCUUGCCUCCAGUGAAAAGCUUUUUGUUUUGAUCCUGAAUCUGUCAGUGUUAUUCUGCCUUGUUGGUUCUUAAAUAGAAACAUCCUGAAGAAUCUUGUUUUAAGUUUAUCAUGUACAUGACAGCAACAUGAAUCUGUUCUGAAAGACAAUGGAAGCAGCAAUUCAUUUAUCGUUAAAUUCUUUUUCCAAUAUAAGCUUGGGUCUAGUCUCACUAUGUGAGUGAUUGAGUUCUAAUAUAAUAAAACAUGUUUCAUUUCCUUUGUA